UACAAAUGGCUGCCAGAGAAUGAAAUAUUUACAUUUCAAUACAAUUUUAAAGGAGUUGCCAAAUUUUCCUUUUGAAAUAUACUUAUGGCGGAUGAUUUGCAUAAGCCAGGUUUAUAUAGAUGGAAAAGACAAGAAAAUCCCCGUGUCUAUUCUCGUUCUCAGAAUGUAACCACCAAUACAGACAUCCAAAACUGGAUUCAGAAAGUAGAAGAUGCAUCUGAUAGAGCAGCCCAGCAUACUUUUGGCGUCAGUGCAUCAGGUGGGCGGAACAGAGGAAAGGCUGUUGCAAGGGCUACCAAAGACUUUGUGAAAGACGAUGAGCAGGCUUACAAUGAAGCCCAGGAGCUGUUGUCGCAGUGGAUGGAGGAGAAAGUGAACCUGACAGGCGGACUGGGUCCAGAUAUUGACUGUAACUAUGAGGAUGACGCCUGGGAAAAACAUGAGUUGCAGUCAGAUGUGAAACGAGAGUGGGACAACAUGCUCGCUAACAACUACGAGGAGUACGGUCUCAUGUUGUCAUCAAGGGAGGAGAAAAAAACAUCCAAAGACAUUUACAACAUGGAUGAGGAUGAAGCUGUUGCCUCGGUGAUGAAAAAUAUGUUGAAUAAACAGGUGGUCCGGAAAGAGUUCAAGAAAGAUUUGGGUCUAGACAAGUGGGCGAAACAGAAGGACCCACGGACCAAGAUGGAACUAAGACAACAACAGGUAAAGGAAAACCGAGAGAAAAGGGAGGCUGAAUUGAGAAGACAGAGGGAAGAGAAACAAAACAGGAAGAUAGUUCAGUCUGCCGCUAAACAGCUGGUACAGAGGGAGGAGCGCCAGAAAGAGCUAUUGGGACGGAAAGAGGAGAUGGCUAUUAGAAAGGAAAUGGCCAAAAUACGCAAGGAAAUGAGAGAAGAGAGAAAUAUUUCAGAGGAUAGGAAGGCAAAGGAGCGUCAAGCUAAGGAGGAGAUACAACUUGCAGCACGGUUGAAGGUUGCUAUGGAUACGGAGGUUGACGACCAGCAUGUGCUUGAACAACAACGGCGGGAUGAGGAGAAACAACGACGACUGGCGCAGCGACUACAGGAACUGGAAGCUAGGGAGGCUGCAAACAACCUUAAAAUCCUCCAUCGUCAUUUCUCGGCCUGGUACAACCAAGCCUUAGAGCGGCGUCUGCAGAUGGGUAAAUCACGGGCGAUGUAUGACUGGAAACUGCUGCUGCGGGCGUGGAAUGCAUGGCGGGGCUACGUGCGGGCACGUAGGAUGGACACGGAAUCACGAAGACAGGAACUGGAAGUCAUCAAUACUCAGAGAAACCAGCAAAGGGCUGAAAAGCACAGUCGUAUCGCACUGCUACGCAAGUACUUCAUCGCUUGGCAAGUGUAUGUACAUAGUGAACAGGAGAGGCGCCACCUGGAGAGUGAACAAAACAACACUCGGAACAAGAUGGCCAAACUCCUAGAGGCUGCCGCUAGUGGGAAACUCUGGGGUGAUGGGGACAGUAUGGUGUCAACCGCCAGGGGGUCAGAAUCAACCGCUAGGGAAUCCGAGUCUCGGGCACCUACAGGGAGACGAGAUAAGAAGGGUGGCAAGGAGAGGCAGACCACAGCUGAUAAAAUUAAUGCCAUGUUUGAGACAACCAGGCGUGUACCUGCCUACCCCAUGGGAGAUUCAAUGUCCACAGACCGGAGUGAGGUCAAUCUGACGCGGGAAGGAGAGGCACAUCAUAGAGAACCACAGUCUAGGAUACCCACAGAACCAUGGCAGGUAACCCGUAGGCACCUUGACCUGACCCCAGAGGAAUUGGCAGCAUUGCCUGGAGGGGAACUCGACUGCUCACCGGAGGAAAUUAACGCUAAAGUACUCAAGAAAUAUGGCCGUCAGCCAUGGCACAAGCUUGAAGUCAGCAAGUUUGAACACAGACACGAGGCCCAGAAGAAAAUACUCAAGGAGCAGAAACGACAAAUCAUGGAACAACACAGACUCAUUGAAGAACUGCAGUUUAAGAGUACACAUGCAGAGCUCCAGAAACAGCUGGUUGAACAGAAACUGGUCCUGGAGGGAAUGAAACAACAGAUGGAGGAGACGGAGCAGACAACACUCGAUAAUGAAAACAGCUCAAAGAAACCCGAACCAGCUCACAAACCCACAGUCUCUACAUCGACCAAGCCCCGCCCCCUUUCUGCCAAGGCCCAUACCAGUAACAAGUCUGUGAAGGCACCAAACACACGUCCCCAGAGUGCAGGGUCUAACUCUAAACUACAGAAUGGAAGGGCUGAAACUGCUAGGACUGAUCAUUCUAAUGCUUCUGCAACGCCAGGGUCAGCAAGGACAGAUGUAUCUCGGCCAGCAUCCUACACCAGUACUGCAUCAGAGAAAUCCAAAUAUGUCCAAGUUCUCAAAAACAUGGAUGAGAGGUCAGCUGAGCGCGCCAAGCAGAAAAAGGAACGAGAGGAGAAGCGGAGAAUGGCUGAGGAAAAACGACUGACUGAGUUAGAGGCAAUAGCCGAGGCCCAGAAACAACAGGAAGAGGAAGAGAAGAGAGCUCGGGUUGAGGCUUUCAAGGAGAAGAAACGAAUAGAGAAACAGAGAGAAGCAGAGAAACAGUUAUUAGAGGAGAAACUGCGAGCUCAGACAGAGAUGGCGGACCAACACUAUCAACUGGCAGUGAUGAAAUAUAGGGGCCUGGUACCCUUCAAGAAACUAGUACAGAUGGCCAGACAACAGAACCAGGCUGCGGAAGAACAUUUUAAAACAGCACUGCAGAGAAAAGUCCUGCUUGCCUGGCAUCACACUGUGAAGGAAGAAUGGCGGGAAAAGGAAGCCCUCGCCACAGAAAUGUCCAACUUCCUGUGUGUGAAACAUGCUUUCCAGAACUGGAGACUGUACAAGCACCACAUGAUCAUCGAGGGGCACAAGGCGCGGAAACAUUAUGAGGGUAACAUCGUGGGGCGCAUUUUUCAGGCGUGGAGAGAUUACGCCAACGAGGAGAGGGUCGCGUACUGGGAGAAGGAUCGCAGGGCACGGGAACACUACAGAGUUCUGCUGCUGAAGCGUCAUUUCCGGGCCUGGCACCGCCUACCAGAGGAGAUUGAACGCGAGAAAGAAAAAGAGAGACGACGUGCACAACUUAGGGAAAAAGUGGCCGCUAUCUUACCAGACUUUGAACUCACCACAUCUGUUAACGAGAGUACUGAGUUUAGAUGACAGUGGUGCUGGGUUAUAUUGUAGUCGUUAAAUAUGAUAUUAAAUUAUUUCUAUUUACAAAA